AAAAAGUCUUUUAAUUCUUCGUCUACUUCUUCUUCUUUUAUAUAUAUAGGAAGCAUCCUAACAAUUGCUUUUAUUUCUUUCGAGUAUAAUGAAAGGGCUCCUAUUCUUUACUUGUAUUUGGUUUAUGGUAGUUUGUUUGUCUAUACAAACAUUCCCAAAUGAUAUGUUCUAUCAUCAUCAUCCAGAUCUGAUUGGAUCAAGUCUUGAGCAUUUUAGCAAUAAAUAUUUACAAUCUAAUAAAGAUUCACAGCAAGAGGAUUAUCGUCCACGUUAUCGUCCAUCCUAUCCUCCUUCUUCACUAUUUGAUUACAGUCCUUAUCGUAAUGGUAGAUACUCCUCAAAUAAUGAAAGAAGACCUCAUCGUGGAAACAGUCGUUAUCGAGCCCGAUCUAUUGAUUCAGAAUCGCGUCAUAUAUAUAAUAGCGAUGGAAGUAUAAAUUGGUCUAAUAAAGCUUCAGAUAGAGCAAAUCAACAAGAUCAACGAUGGCCUAAUAAUCAAGAUUCAACUGACUAUGAUUAUUAUCGUGACUAUGAUUAUAAUAGUGAAUAUCAUCAACAAGGUCGCCCUCCUUCCUAUUAUGAUGAUGAUCGUCAAAGAUAUUCACCUUAUGAUAGAGACUAUUAUAAUGAUAGGCAAAAUCAAGACCAGCCCAUAUUACCAUCAUCUAAUUCAUACUAUUAUGAUCAAAAUGAUAAUUAUGAUCGAAGUGACUACGAUGAUAGAUAUGAUUAUGAUUAUGAUAAUGCUAAUGCUAAUGUUAAUGCUAAUGCUAACAAUAGAAAUAAUGGGCCACCAAAAGACAAAAAGUAUUCAAGUAACUCUGAAAAAAAUACUGCCACUCUUGCUGGAGGAAUUCGACUUGCUGGAACUUUACCAGAUGAUGGUUAUCAUCGUGGUAUAGGGACCUUUUAUGAUAUUGAAACACAUGUUAGCUCUUGUGGCAAACAGAAUAAAAACACUGACUUUGUUGCUGCUUUGAAUUCAGAACAAAUGGGUACUGGUGGACGUAGAAAUCCUAAUUGUGGAAAGGAAGUGGAAAUAACUGGGCCUAGUGGUAAGACGAUUCAAGUGACUAUUGUAGAUGAAUGCAAGACUUGUAAAUCUGGUAGUCUUGACCUUAGUCCUGCAGCCUUCGAAGAAAUUGGUGAAUUUAGCCAUGGCUCUAUUCCUAUUAAAUGGAAAUUUGUACAAUAAUUUUUAUGUGCAGAAUCUUAC